AUGGCCGCCGCGAAGCACCGGAGAAAGAGAUGCCUAGACUUAGUGGACGUGCGCCGAUUGAAACUCGAACAGAUCAUCCGAUUGAGUACUUGUGAAAGAGAUGCAAAUCAGGCAAUUUCUUGGAUCGAAGAGCUUCAGGAGACGCUGAGACGAGACUACAAUCAAGUUGGCUGUGAUGAGACAGAGUUACGAGUGCUGAAAAAAGACCGGGAACAGCUUGAAGAUACGGCAAGAAGCACCUAUCACUACGGAAAAGAACUCUGCCAAGUGGCGCUCGUUUUGCGGCGAUCGUUGAGAAUGGACUCAAGUCCACAGAAACAACUAGCCGACAAGCUUGAGCACAUCUGGGGCCGUUUAACCCGAGCAUUGACUGAGCACGACGCCCGGACACACGUCUGUGCCGCUUUCAACUCAGCAUGUGUACAGAUCCUGAAACGCAUUGAUGAGCUGGAUCGACAGGCGAAAGAGUAUUUGUUGACUAAAGGACGGAGACAAGGCCCACCAACAUUACUUUUCUCAGUGGAGCGACGAAAGCUCGGCUCUGAUGUAGCCGAAUUGAGACACAUUGGAGAGAUGCUCGUCGCACAAACAAAUGCUAAUCAUGUUGCAAGUAAAGAAGCUCGAAGUGCAGCUGUUUCUCUUGUACGUCAAAAAGUGGAAGAGGUGGAAGAGAAACGAAAUCAGUUAGAGACGAUUAUUGACGGACGAUCAGUGCCUGAAGAGGAUCGUUUUCUCGUUCGUGGAGUGCCGACCUCAAUUCUCACGUCUACCACCUCACCUCCACAAGUCGAUCCACCUGGUCACAUUCGAAUUGGAGACAACGAAAGCUAUCUU